AUGCUACGCAAACAUUACAUUGAACUCCGUCUAUGCGCUGACAAUUGGAAAGCUAUGAAAUUAAUGAUCGACAACUAUUCCCAAUGGUACAACUACCACGUCAUCAAGAAACAAACUAGCAGUCAUGUCAAGUCCGAAGACAUAGAGACUGCCGACGAUGACAACAACAUUACCCCUCCUUCUUCCUCACCAUCUGCGACACCCGCUGUUAUCCCUCCUUCUUCCUCACCAUCUGCAACACCUGCUGUUACCCCCCCUUCCUCAUCUUCUUCAACACCUGCAGGCUACCCCUCCUUCCUCAUCUUCAACUUCUCAGAAAUGAAACGUGAACCAACCCCACCUCCCCGUACUGACAAAGGAAAAGAGAAGGAAGUGAUUACUGUGGAGGUCAACAAUCCUCUUUCUAAUCUUGUCUUCAAACCUCGCCCCAAGCCAAUCCCAAAGAAAGCUCCUGCCUCCAUUGACUCUGCCACUUCUGGAACGACUAACGCCGAGCCAACUAUCAUCACCCCUCCAUCCAAUGACCCAUCGGAUACCAAUGCAGCUUCCCUCACUGUCAAGAUGGAACUCCUGGUAGUGACCCCCACGGAGCCCAUUCCUGGUGCAAUCAACUCGAAGGCCCAACCUGCAAAGAAGCGUCAGCUGAGCACAAAGCCCAUGCGUGUGAGCUUGAAGAUCACGGCACGGAAUCUUUGUGCCCUCGAAUGGCAAUCGAACAGCCAUCAGAAAGAACCAGCAAGUGUCUUUGCAACCUACUGGAACGGUCUAUCGAAGACUGACAAAGAGGUAUACAAGCACAAAGUGGCUCUACAGCUCGGCUCAGCUGGACCAACUGAAAGGAACGGCGCCGGCGAUGAUGCAGACGAGGAGUAG